AACAGUCACAAGUUGACGACACACGUUCUAGCAUUCACAUCUCUAAAUAAAAAAGAGACUCCGAGUGCGGAACGGAAAAUAUCAAAACCACGAAUUUUCCAAAAGAAGUGCUUAGGUACAUACCUAAGUUUGUUUGCGGAAAAGGUUUAAUUACGGAAAUCAUCUGUGAUUUUUUUGUAAGAUAAUAUUAUGAAAUAGUGUCGUUUUGAAAAGCUAUUAAGUAAUACCAACUGAUAUUAAAAUUUAUCUCAACGAUCUGUAUUGAAAAUAAGAUCUUAAAUAAUUUAAAAAUAGAUUUGUUAAGUGCUAAGAAGAUAAAGACAAUUGAAGAUGGCGUCAGCGUGUUGUCAAAAGGUAUUGUCAGUACUGCGCAAGCAUGUGUUGAAGCUGAAGGCGUUUGAUAUAUUUAUACAGGGAACAUACCUGCUCAUCUUGUUCUUGGAAACCAAUGCGUACCUACUGCUGCGUAGGGACGCUAGAGCGGGGUACCACUCCACUCUCACUAUAGAUUAUGUAAGGAUGGGAACUGCUGGCGUGGAGUUCCUCCUGGGAGCGGUGGUGGCAUGGUGGGGAAAAGGCAAGAGGAACCGAGCCCUCUCCGGUUGGCUGGGACUAACCGCAGCAGCAGGGCUCUUGGUGCUCGCCUUCCCUUACGCUGAAACCAAUCCUGUUAGCAUGGGUCUAUGUCGGCAAGAAGCAGAAGUGAACUACACAGGUGAUAAAAACCUGGCAGCAAGGACCACCUUCCUCAUCAUCACCAUCAUACUAUGUGCACUCACCAAGCUCAGCAUUUGGACACAUGGCCUCACUUACUUAGAUGACCAUAACCCUACUCAUGGACCCGAGUUCUACGGUGGUUUGAUCACUGCCCGUAUAACCCUGGGAUUGGAUGGUGACGGUAUUCUUGAGAAGGCGUCCCAAAGCGACAACUGGUGGCAGAAUCAGCUCAUCCUCAGCAUGGUGACUUUGUUCGUUUGCUUCAUCUUCAGCCUCUUCCCCAAAAGGAUGGCUUCAAAAGAAAUGGAUGUCAUUGAAAACUCUAAUAUUGACACCGGCCUGUUCCCGACUCUGAAGCGACUGGUUACAAACAAAGUGUUGAUUCUACAAACCAUAGCCUUGUCUCUCUGGAGCACUGCUGUGCUCGUGUUCGCGAGAUAUGAAAUACCCUACGCCCAGGGCCGAUACAAUGUAGAAGCGACCCGUAACUCAGACGUCAGGAGUACAGGAGAUCCGCUCAAUAUAUUCAGAACUGGUCUUCUUGUUAUGUUUGUUAUGAUCGUCAAGAUCAAUGGAACAAACAGGCCUGAACCUUUCAAUACGAAGUCGGCAGCAGCUCUGGCGUUUAAAGCUUCCAUCUUUGUGACUGUCUUCCUGACUCUAAUAUCAUUCACUGGUUGUGACACUGGCAUCAUGAAAGGAUUGGAGGCAGGCCACUAUGAACAACCCUCGUGCAGUUCAGCUUGUGGAUGUACCUCCGAGCGUUACGGCUUCCACCCUGUCUGUAUGUUGGAGACGAGGGAAACUUACUUCUCUCCAUGCCACGCUGGUUGCAACCGAAUCGGGGAUCUCAACGGAAUCUCAAUGUUCUACGACUGUGGAUGUAGCGCAGGCGCACAGAACGCAGUACGUGGUUCAUGCAUGUUGGAAAAUUGUCUGGCCAAGUACGCCACUUUCCAGAUGCAGUUCGUACUCAUGUUAGCAGUUGGAGGAGCUGGUUUCAUAAUGCAAGGCAUGGUGAUACUCCGAUCAGUGCGAGCAGUUGACAAGGUGACGGCUAUGGGAGCCAGUAUUUCUGUGGUCUCACUCCUGGCCUUUGUUGUAGGACAUUUUGUCUACAUGACUAUCAGCCAAAUGACAUGCGUGUACGUCUCGAACGGGGAAUGUCUGCUACACAGCAACUCGAUCUGGUUUAUGAGUGUCAUCAGCGUGGGGUUAGCAGUCCUGUCAGGAAUCGUAAGCUUCAUCGUCAGCAAAUUGAGACCUGACACUGAUGACAACGAGAUCUGUGAAUUGUAAACUCUAUAAUAGAAUGCUUUUUGUACUGAGAGACCAAGGUUACGACAAGGCAAAGCGACUUUAAUAUUAUUCGGUCUAGUAUAUUACACAAUACCUUUUUCAGAUAGAAAUACAAUUUAAUUAAUUUUGAAGAGGAAAUUACUAGUAGCGACAUCUAAUAACAGACAUUAGUACUAAUCAAAGAAAAUUUACGUUAACAUUUAAAAAAAAAUGUAAUUAUAGAGGUAAAUAAAGUAUUUAGUAUUUCAUUUGACCGAAAAAUAUUAUGGACCAUAUCAUAAUUGCCUUAGGAGGUCAAAAUCUAGCAAUAAAUCUCUCCUUAAUUCAAGGGAUUUAGGUUUUAAGCUUAGGAUUAUAUCCAGUAUUAUUAAUUAAUAGUAUAACUAAGCCUAAUGAUAUUAUUUGUUUCAUUGAGUGCAUCGAGGUUAAACUAGUCAUUAAAGUUGUAGAGUAAACGAAUUGUAGAAGUACAUAAAGCCCUGAGAUUACACGGUACAAUAAAAUUAGAAAAUUGUAUUUUAUAUUUUUUUACUUUUUUCUUAAGUAGUGACAUUACAAUAACAUCAGGGUCAAAGACCAGUUAAUUUGUGCAAUAUUUAGUCCAGUAAUGCCAUCUAGUGAUAUUAUGUUGUUGCUUUUAUUUUUGUCAACAUUACGUGAGUAGGUAAUGGAAGAUUAGAUACGAUAAUAUUUUGAUAUGAUUUUUUUUAACAAAGACAAAGUAG